UGUUGUGGGGUCUAUGCACAUCUGUAUAGCUGGGCAGAAGCACACUUCAGAGAAGAACUAGGGUAAAGAUGACACCUGAAGUCUGAAAAGGUGAUGCCUACCCACAUUCCCAGCUCCCUGUGGAGAAGAGGGGAGAUCUCUGUCCUGUCAUUUUAUUGACUGACAGGCUGUUCCAGGCUCUUCUCCCAGAAGUUGUCCGAAGAAGCUCCCGGGCUGCUGUUUCUUCCUGCCCAAGCCCAGUGGUUUCCCUGGUAAUGGAUGGCUUCUCUCGGAGUUUCCACCCUGGUGAGAACCCCCACAUCUAGAUCUAGAUUGUGAACAUCUAGACUGAGAAACACACCAUAAAAAUGGCCGAAGAGCCCGUCAAGGAGAUCCUGGGAACCCCAAAGUCUCCUAAGCCCGGGACAAUGGAGAAGAAACCCACUAAGGAAGUGGUGGUCAAUGCAGUGCCCCUGGUCAGUGAGAUUCAGCUGACAGCUGCCACCGGGGGCGCAGAGCUCUCCUGCUACCGCUGCAUCAUCCCCUUUGCCGUGGUUGUGCUCAUCGCCGGGAUCGUGGUCACUGCAGUGGCUUACAGCUUCAAUUCCCAUGGCUCCAUCAUCUCCAUCUUGGGUCUGGUCUUGCUGUCACUGGGACUAUUUUUGCUGACGUCCAGCGCCCUGUGCUGGAAAGCAAGGCAAAGGAGCAAGAAAGCCAAAAGACGGGAGAGCCAGACAGCUCUCGUGGCCAGUCAGAGAAGCCUGUUUGCUUAAGACUGGAGGAGACCAAAUGGGAGUGUCACCUGAAAACCCUGCGCUCACUUCCUCAGCCAGCCCAUGAGUAUGGGGACAAAGGACUUAGCCUUGGAGCAGACCAGAAGCAUGAGGGGGGAGGGAGGGCAUAAGAGUUCUCUUCUGUGAGGAACAACUUGUGACUUCUUCAAUGACAAACUUAACUCUAAGGGCUAUGUCUGAGACUAAAAUGUCAGUUUUGUCUACAUUAGAUUUGUAGGCCUAGGGGAGGUUUGCAGUAUUUGACAACAUUUGGUUCACCUUGGAAAGCAACCAAGAAAAGAUGCAAACUGAAUCGGGCCAUUCUGACACACCAGUGACCUGCCUCCAUAAGAAACCACCCACACUCUUAAGAAGUUAAAUCAUGCAAAUAUCCUGCCUAGAGUCUACUCUGCCUUGGGCCUUGCCGCCUUCCAUGAAUUCUGUUACCCGUUUUUCAUUAGGUUGAUUCUCUGGCAUCUAUUUUUCAUUUUCGGUAACUCAUCACUGGUGGUACUUUUUCUCGAAGAAUAAACUAAUCGUUUUAACAUUGGGCAGUUUGAAAUGAUGGUAAUGAGUGUCAGAAGUAAAAAAAAAAAAAAAAAGCAAGGUAAGAGGUGUAACUACUAGAUGGCAUGGGGGGGGUUAAGUUAAUAUUAAAAUAAUCCCAUAUAGCACUUUUGAUGAUUUUUAUAUGAAAGUCUAAUGUACAUUUCAUUCAAAAUAAUAAAUACUCA